GUCCGGACCCCAAGGUCCCACGCACCGGCCAGUGAAAGACGCCUUCCUCUUCCCGCCCUCUUCUUUCCCUCGCCGGCCAGCACCAUGGGAUGUAAUAUGUGCGUGGUCCAGAAACCGGAGGAGCAGUACAAAGUGAUGCUUCAGGUGAACGGGAAGGAGCUCUCCAAGCUGUCUCAGGAACAAACCCUGGAGGCCCUGCGUGCCUCCAAAGAGCCCCUGGUGAUCCAGGUGCUGAGACGCAGCCCCCGUCUGCGGGGGGACAGCUCCUGCCAUGACCUUCAGCUGGUGGACAGUGGCACUCAGACCGACAUCACCUUCGAGCAUAUCAUGGCACUGGGCAAGCUGCGCCCACCCACCCCACCCAUGGGCGUCUUGGAGCCGUACGUCCUCUCUGAGCUCCCCCCCAUCAGCCAUGAGUAUUAUGACCCAGCGGAGUUCAUGGAGGGCGGCCCACAGGAGGCAGAGCGAAUGGACGAGCUGGAGUAUGAGGAGGUGGAGCUGUGUAAAAACAGCCACCAAGACAAGCUGGGCCUGAUGGUCUGCUACCGCACAGAUGAUGAGGAGGACCUGGGCAUCUACGUUGGAGAGGUAAAUCCCAACAGCAUUGCAGCCAAAGACGGCCGGAUCCGUGAGGGAGACCGAAUCAUCCAGAUUAAUGGAAUGGAUGUCCAGAACCGAGAGGAAGCAGUGGCCAUCCUGAGCCAGGAGGAGAACACCAACAUCUCCCUGCUGGUGGCCCGUCCUGAGAGCCAGCUAGCAAAGCGGUGGAAAGACAGUGACAGAGAUGACUUCCUAGAUGACUUUGGGUCUGAGAAUGAAGGGGACCUCCGUGCCCGGAAGCUGAAGUCACCCCCUGCCCAGCAGACUGGAAAUGAUGAGAAGGGGGCUCCUGAAGGGGGCCCACGACUAAGCAACAGCCAAGAGCUGGACAGCGGGGUGGGCCGGACUGAUGAGAGUACCCGCAAUGAAGAGAGUUCCGAACAUGACCUGCUGGGGGAUGAGCCCCCCAGUACCACCAAUACCCCUGGAAGCCUGCGCAAGUUUGGCCCACAAGGGGAUGCCCUGCAGAGCAGGGACUUCCACUUCAGCAUGGACUCUCUGCUGGCCGAGGGGGCAGGACUGGGAGGGGCUGACCUUCCUGGGCUCACUGAUGAGGAGUAUGAACGCUACCGGGAACUGCUGGAGAUCAAGUGCCACUUGGAGAAUGGCAACCAGCUAGGAAUCUUCUUCUCCCGGGCUUCCAGUGGGAACAGUGCCCUGGAUGUCAACCGCAAUGAGAGCCUAGGCCAUGAGAUGGCCAUGCUGGAGGAGGAGCUUCGGCACCUAGAGUUCAAGUGCCGCAAUAUCUUGCGGGCACAGAAGAUGCAGCAGUUGCGGGAGCGCUGUAUGAAGGCCUGGUUGCUGGAGGAGGAGAGCCUCUAUGACCUGGCAGCCAGUGAGCCCAAAAAGCACGAGCUGUCUGAUAUCUCUGAAGUACCAGAGAAAUCAGACAAAGAUAGCACCAGUGCCUACAACACUGGGGAGAGCUGCCGUAGCACUCCACUGCUCAUGGAGCCUCUGCCUGAGAGCCCCCUGAAGCGAUCUACUGCUGGCAAUUCCAACUUGAACCGGAUCCCUUCUGGCCCUCCUGUCAUCACCCACCCUAAAGGGGCUCCUUCACCAGCCAAGUUUCGAUCACUCUCUCGGGAUCCUGAGGGGGCCCGGAGACCGCACACAGAGGAGCGUGUCCGCCGCAGUGCCAAGACAGGUAUUACACUGGAGCGUGUAGGCCCUGAAGGCAGCCCUUACCUCUCCAGGCGCCGUCAUGGCCAGGAGAGUGAGCACUACCACAGCUGUGUGCAGUUGGCCCCACCACGCACACUGGAGGAUCUGGGCCAUGGCUCCUUGAGCUUGGCUAGUGGUCCUCGGGUAAGUGGGGUGGUGGCUGCAGCUGUUGAAGCACCCCGCAUGGAAUGGAAGGUGAAGGUGCGAAGUGAUGGAACCCGCUAUGUGGCCAAGCGGCCUGUGCGAGAUCGGUUGCUGAAGGCGAGGGCCCUGAAGAUUCGUGAGGAACGCAGUGGCAUGACCACUGACGAUGAUGCAGUAAGUGAGAUGAAGAUGGGCCGCUACUGGAGCAAGGAAGAGAGGAAGCAGCACCUGAUCCGAGCAAGGGAGCAACGAAAGCGGCGUGAGUUCAUGAUGCAGAGCCGCCUGGAGUGUCUAAGGGAGCAGCAGAAUGGUGACAGCAAGCCUGAGCUCAACAUCAUUGCACUGAGCCACCGUAAAACCAUGAAGAAGCGAAACAAGAAGAUCCUGGACAACUGGAUCACCAUCCAGGAGAUGCUGGCCCAUGGUGCCCGCUCAGCUGAUGGAAAAAGGAUCUACAACCCUCUGCUCUCUGUCACCACUGUCUGAGCUGUCCCAGCAGGAGCCCAGUGCAGGCCUACAGAGCCUGACCUUCACCCUUCCUUAGAAUCUAGUAUGUGUCUGUGUGUGCUUGCACGCUGUGCUCAUGCACACUCCUGUAUCUGUACGUGUGCACAGGACUUUGGUAAUAGAAAGCCCCUAAAAGGAACCCCUCUCUCUCACCACCUAUUUUCUUUUACCCAAUAGGCUAUGCCAACAGCCAGCAUAGAGGGUAUACCCAUAAAGGGCACCUGUGUGUGCAUGCAUGUUUGUGUGGGCACACAGUGUUCUUGGUUUGUUCUUGGAGACAGGGAACUCAUUACAGAGAGAGGUGAGGUGGACUGUCCUAAGCACAAGAGAAUGAC